CGUCUUAAUGGUCGCUCCGGUGGUUGCACCCACCCAACCCAUUCACCCCGGCGUCGCCCCCGGCCGUGCCCGCCAGGUCUUCCUCUUCCUCAUCCAUCCUCCACCGCCGGCGACCCCUAUAUAUUCGCGCCCAACCUCCCCGCCCCACCUUCCAAGCCCACCCACACCCACUCUCCCUCUCCUCAACUCCGAGUUCUCGACGCCGCGCAGCACCCCGCCGCUCAGCUAGUAGCCUCGCCCAUCACCCUUGCUACCUCGCCGCGCCACGCCGCCAGGCACCAUGAGCGCCGCCCAGCAAGCAGAACCGACCACCUCUCCCGCCUCCCCCACCCCCGCCGGCGCCGGCAGCACCACGGUAAUCAAGAACGCCCGGCACCGCCCGAGCGCGCUCAAACUCUGCUACCACGUUGCCAUCUCCAACCUCCCGUACCUCCUCCUGGCCCCCUUCGCGGCGGCCCUCUUCGUCCGCCUCUCCCGGCACUCCCCCGCCGACCUCGCCGCCGCGCUCACCUCCAACCCACCCCUCACCGCCGCCCUCGCCGCGCUCGCCGCCGUCCUCGUCACCAUCUACCUCGCGCGCCGCCCGCGGGCCGUCUACCUCCUCGACUUCGCGUGCUACAAACCCGGCCCGGAGCACGUGGUGACCCGGGAGACGUUCAUGCGGCAGUCGACGGCGGCGGGGGUGUUCACGGGCGACAACCUGGCGUUCCAGCGGAAGAUCCUGGAGCGGUCGGGGCUCGGGCAGGAGACCUACUUCCCCCGGGCCGUGCUCAACGCGCCGCCCAACCCGUGCAUGGCGGAGGCGCGAGCGGAGGCCGAGGCCGUCAUGUUCGGCGCCAUCGACCAGGUGCUGGCAAAGACGGGCGUCCGGGCGCGCGACAUCGGGGUCGUGGUCGUCAACUGCAGCCUCUUCAACCCGACGCCGUCGCUGUCGGCGAUGAUCGUCAACCAUUACAAGCUGCGCGGGAACGUCGCCAGCUAUAACCUCGGCGGCAUGGGGUGCAGCGCCGGGCUCAUCUCCAUCGACCUCGCCAAGCAGCUGCUCCAGGUGCACCGGAACACGUACGCGCUGGUGGUGAGCAUGGAGAACAUCACGCUCAACUGGUACUGGGGCAACAACCGCUCCAUGCUCAUGUCCAACUGCCUCUUCCGGAUGGGCGGCGCCGCCGUGCUCCUCACGAACCGCGGCGGCGCGGACCGGCGCCGCGCCAAGUACCAGCUGAUGCACACGGUCCGCACCCACCACGGCGCCGACGACCGCGCCUACCGCUGCGUGUUCCAGGAGGAGGACGAGACCGGUCGCGUCGGCGUGGCGCUCUCCAAGGACCUCAUGGCCGUCGCCGGCGAGGCCCUCAAGACCAACAUCACCACGCUGGGGCCCCUCGUCCUCCCCAUGUCGGAGCAGAUCCUCUUCCUCGCCUCCCUCGUGGGGCGCAAGGUGUUCGGGCUCCGGUCACUCAAGCCCUACAUCCCGGACUUCAAGAUGGCGUUCGAGCACUUCUGCAUCCACGCCGGGGGCCGGGCCGUGCUCGACACCAUCGAGAAGAACCUCGAGCUCAGCGCGUGGCACAUGGAGCCGUCGCGGAUGACGCUGUACCGGUGGGGGAACACCUCCAGCAGCUCGCUGUGGUACGAGCUCGCGUACACGGAGGCGCAGGGGCGGGUGCGGCGGGGACACCGGGCGUGGCAGAUCGCGUUCGGGUCCGGGUUCAAGUGCAACAGCGCCGUGUGGAGGGCGCUGCGGACCAUCGACCCGGCGAAGGAGAAGGUUGGGAACCCGUGGGUGGAGGAGAUACACAGGUUCCCCGUCGAGGUGCCCAAGGUGGAGAGCGUCGUCGUCGCGCCGGCGGCGGCGGCGGCGGCGGCGGCGGCGGCCGAAUCGUGAGGAGCGUGGAGCAUGCGGCUCUUGUAUUUGAAUUUGGAAAAAAACAUGUGGAAUUAUAAAAGUGUAUGUUGAUUUGAGUUGAGCGUGGGGUUAGGUUUGUAAACAUACAAGAACGAAAUUUGGUGGUUGGUUGGUUGGAGAUGUAUGUAGCUGACAUGUAUGUGUUGGAGCUUCGAUAGGAAGCAAAAAAGUAAACCUGAUGUUGAUUCUUUGCGUUGGGUCGGGUUAAUUUGGCGUUGGGGGAAAUAAGGAAUGCAAAAUUGUAUAAAAACUCGAAACUGAUUGUGUACCAUUA